AUUUUGUAUAUGUACCAACUGAAGGUCAGACUGUGUCCGUGAAAGUGAGUGACUUAGGAAAAAGUAGUUGAGGCGUUCAUUUAAAGAUUUCAGUAUAGUUCUUUAAUUGAUAUUGAGGAAUAAUAUAAACUCUUCUGAAAAUAAGUUAUAACAGAUUUUAAUACAUGUACUUCUCACGUUUUAGUGAUUAUGUGUUAGUCCUAAAGUUUGUUCCAUUUUUAAUAAGCUAUUGUGUUACAGAAUUCUAAUAUAAGAAUAAUAGGAUUUUGACUUUUUAAAAACACCUAAAACUACAUUUGGAAGAACAUUCAGUUAAAGCACAUGAUUACAUUAUAAAUUUUAUUAUUAUUUUUCCAUGGUCAAUAAUAAGGUCAACAUAACACAUUGAAAGUGGGGAAAUUUCUUGUGUUUUGAUUUUUACUAGAUAUUGAGAGUGUUACUGUGUUGUGCUCUUCUUGUGUUACCAGUAGCAAAACUUUGUUAGCAUCGGAAAAAUUGCAUAGAGAACUGAUCUUUUUUCUCUUUACAAGUCUCUCACAUUAAAAAUUCUGUUUUUAUUCGUAAAACUCCUCCCUUGUGCUUAUAUGAUAUACUCAGAACUUGUUUCCUGUAAUAAAACAUCAGGAUUUUUUUUUUUUUUUAGGAGUAUUUUCAAGUGCCCUUAAGGGCAUUUGAAAACAAUUUUUACUCAUAAAGAUGUUAUGUUUGGGAAUUGUAGAACCAGCAUAAUAUUCACCCUGAGUAAAUCAGCUUCUAUCUGAAGGUGAUCUGAGAAUGACCAGUUGGGUUUUGAAAUAAAUAAUACACAAAAGAGCUAGAUCUGGGCUCUGGCAGCUCGGGGCUGAGUGCAAGUAACAGUCACAAUGAUUCUUCAGAGGCUCUUCAGGUUCUCUUCUGUCAUUCGAUCUGCAAUCUCAGUCCAUUUGAGGAGGAAUAUUGGUGUUACAGCAGUGGCAUUUAGUAAGGAACUUGAUCCUGUACAGAAACUCUUCAUGGACAAGAUUAGAGAAUAUAAAAUUAAGCGACAGUCAUCUGGAGGGGCUGUUGAUGCUGGUCCAGAGUAUCAGCAAGACAUGGAGAGGGAGCUUUUUAUGCUUAAGCAAAUGUAUGGUAAGGUAGACAUGAAUAUGUUCCCAGACUCCAAAUUUGAAGUCCUGGAAAAACCCCAGUCCUGAAGAAAUGUAAAAUUUAUCUGGUCAUGUGUCCUAGAUAAGUUGUAUAACUGAUCAGUAUCAGAAGUAACAUACAUUUCAACAACUGUCAAAUAUUCUUUUAUUCUGAUUCCAAAAAAUUAUUUGGUGAU